GAUAAAAAAAUUGUGAAGGGGGAAGAAAAUGGGUAGAGGAGAGGGAGCUGAAGCUGCUUCUUUAUCCUAAACUUGAGUUUCCCGCAUAGCUGAGAGAGUGAGUGAUGAAUAAUAGAAUACGAUGUUAGUUGGAUAAUUGAGUGAGCUGAGUGAUAAAUUCGACUUCAACCAUGGCUUUGCCUUCUUUACUACCCAAAACGGCACCGCAUCUUCUUCCCUUCACAAACCCCUUCUCUUCCUCUUCCUCUCCCUCCACUCUCAUCUUACCUUUCCGCUUCCACUUUUUCUCUCAUCUUCCUCCUCUCUCUCUUCUCAAAGCCGCUUCCUCCGCCGGCGAUAGUUUUCGCAGCAAGCCCCUCAUGUCGCAAAGAAGGGGGAUUUUGGAGGAACACGGCAGCCAAGCCUUUGAGGAAGACGACGACGACAAAUGGAUUGACUGGGAGGACCAGAUUUUGGAGGACACAGUUCCUCUCGUUGGUUUCGUCAGGAUGAUUCUCCAUUCUGGACAAUAUGAAAGUGGAGAUAGACUAAGUGAAGAGCAUGAGAAAACCAUUAUUGAGAAGCUGCUUCCCUUUCAUCCGGAAUUUGAGCAAAAGAUCGGAUGUGGAGUUGAUUAUAUCACGAUUGGAUAUCAUCCUGAUUUUGAACGCUCAAGGUGUUUGUUCAUUGUUCGACAAGAUGGUCAAGUGGUUGAUUUUUCAUAUUGGAAAUGUAUAAAGGGCUUGAUCAGAAAGAACUAUCCAUUAUACGCAGACACUUUCAUUCUCAGACAUUUCAGGAAGAAAAGUCGUAAUUUGUGAAGUUAAAACUGUAUUAUGUUGGUUGGACCAUUUUAUAUUAGCGUUCGCAUCUUUUUUUAAUUUUUUGUUUGUAUUAUUUUCGUGUUUUCUUAUUGGUAGCUUAGUAUUUUAAAGGUCAGAGAAAAAUGGUGCACAAUUUUUUUGGAGUUCUGAAGAGUGUUUGAUAUUUAUGGACUCACUACAAAUAAUUGCCACUCAAUGCCGGAAUUUGUUCCCAUUUUAUUGACAAUAUUCGUAGUGAUAUAAAAAUAUGGGAAUGUAGAUGAUAAUGUA